AUGGAUGGUCUCUCGGUCGGCAUUCGACGUUCGGCGUUCGAGAAGUUGGCGGCCUUGGCCAUCAAAUCCUCGGGCAAUGACGAAGCGUCGGACCUCGCACGCCUCACCAGACAAACCCGGCUCGCACGCCAACCAGACGGAAACGCAAAUGGAGUGCUCGCUGAGCAGGCUCCGACAUCCCGAGUCCCUAUGGGGCUGCGUGAGUUGGAUGUUUUACUUGCGCUGUGCAAAGCCGCCUCAUCCGUGACCGACCCUGAGCAUGCCAAUCGUCUGGCUCUACAAUUGUCCCGUUAUUUGCCAGAAUCCCCGACCCAACUGUUCCGGCCAUCGCCUUUCCUUCACCAGGUUAAACCAUCGCCAUGGGAGAUCCUGUCUCACAGCCUGACGAAAGCGCUUUUGGCUUUGGCGACCAAGUUCCCAUCUCUGCGAACAGUGGCACUUAACGCGGUCAGCGCAUUCGUGAAGAACUGCGCAGAUGCAGUGGACACAAUCACCCCCCUUCAGUAUUCGGUGUCGGAGGCAGGAGGAAAAGGCGUGGUACACGAAUCCAUCGCUGUGCUGUCGAUUACAGUGUCACUGGUCGGAUUUUUGGAAGCUGCUGCCCAGUAUGCUGCUAUCUGGACUGCUGAAGAAAGGUUACAACUUAUCGACAAUUUGCGAUCUAUGGUGUCUGAACCAUUCAUGAUUGCCGUGGAAACCGCUUCAUCGACUGUGCGCAAUGCUGGCCACUCCGAUAUCCCCAUAAAGGAUUGGCGGAGAUUCUCGAGACGAUAUGCAAACCAGGGACGCCCAUUGGGUGCGAUGCUCGUCCAAGAAGGGUUCAUGCAAUUCGUCAAGUCGUGUGCCGUCUCCUUGAUUGGACCUUCCAAUCUCACUGACGAUCAAUUGUUGGAUGAAUACAUGGCAGGCCUAGGCAUUGCCAAGAGUUACGAUGAGGGUGAAAUUGCCCUGAUUGAGCGCGUGACAGACUUGAUCGUCGAUGAAAUCAAUUUGCUGGAGGACGGCUCGGAUUAUUUGCAGGUUGGGUCUCCUUCUCAACAACGGUUGGCUUUUUCAGUCAAAAGUCAUGCGCUGGUUGGAUUCUUGAACUGUGUCAUUCUAGGAGAGGACGCUGCGAACAACGAAAUUCUCCUGUCUUGGCUGGAGAAUACUAUCAGCAAUGCACAGCAGAUGGCCUGUGACGAGUUGGCGAUGACCACACUCAAGUGCAUCGCUAUCCUCGCGAGAAUGUCUUCCAAUGGGGCUACGCUUGGACGUCGCUGUCUUCUUCAGUACCUUGUUCACGGUCGUGCAUCUAAGGGGCCAGUUGUGGCUGUUGCUUCACGCUGUCUUGCACAGAUUCUGAGCAUUCUGUCUGAAGACUCUGUCAUCGCCACAUUGUACUCUUUGGGUAAUUCGCUUAGUCCGGGUCCCAUGGCCGACCAAGCAGCCCAGGAUCAUAUCCUUAUUGACUCUGCUGGACUCACGGGAAAUUUGGUGGCUUAUGCUCACACCGGGGAUGCAAGCCAGGCUACCCUUGCUGCCCUGGGCGAGGAUGAGACUCUGACAAACCGAAAUGUUGUACAUGCAAUUGUGAACAUCGCGGCAAGCUGUAAGGAUGACAAAAUCAGUGCUCUUGCUCAGUCGAUGCUUCUCCAAAAAGUUGGCAAAAUCAACGUUUCUGUUGAUGCGCUCAUCAUUCAGGAAACUGCAGUGCUUGCUUUGAGCAUCGCCCAGCCCGAGUUCCUGUUACUGCUGAAGUUCUACACUCGCAUCUACCUCGACGGUCUACACAAGGGCCUGAACAUCAUCACUGAUGCCGUUCAAUGUGCUUGGUCAUAUCUCUCUGUCUCCUUGGAAGAGAAGUCACCCCUUCACAGACUUUAUUUGACUCAUCUCUUAGAGACCAUUGUGAACAAGGGUGAUAUCCCUGAUAUGGGUGAAUCUGAACACCACAAAGAUAUCGUUUUCGCCUCUGGGGACAUCACUCCCCUGCUGAAACCGCUAGCAUUGCUUGCGUCCUCAAGAACUCCCAAGGGAGAAACGAGUCUCCUUACUUUAGGCUAUGAUGAAGGCAUCUGCUCUCUUUUCCGCGAUGCCUGGUUCAACAUUGCCAUUCAUGGAAUCACAAUCAAUUCGAGUGUCUAUCACAAACAUCUCAAGGAGCUGGGCUUGCUCGCGAGCCAUUCCCCGCCGUUGAUCGCAGAGGAGCGUAUGGAGUCCCUCGAGAGCGAUGUGGAGCUUAACACAGUCCUGCGAAGGGGUACAAGCUCUCACCGACUCCAGGAGCAAAAACGCUCGCUGAUGGCGGAACUUGUGGGCCGUGAGUCUGAUAUCAAGCGUCUCGACUAUCCCCGCUCUGUGUUCCUCAAUGCCGUGCUGCUAGUUGAAACUCUUCGCUCAUUAUCCGGCGACUGUAGCAAGGUCCUGAAUUAUUUCCGAGACCCGGCUGUGGCAGCGCAGGAGAUGGCCACGUGCAUGAAUGCUGUGGCAGAUAAGGUUGUUACAAGCUAUCUGUCGCGAACACUCUCAGGGGAGUACGAUGAGUUCUCGGCACCUUACCUGGCAAACCAGCUGGCCAAUUUCCUUACCGCUUGCUGUCAUCGCAUUGAGAGGAUCCAACAUAUUGCAACAUUGUGCACGGACAAAAUCAUCCGUGAAUGUCCAUCCGCCCUGUGUGAAAAGAAAUCUCUCUUCGCUCUGCUUGAAAUUCUUACUGUGAUGUGGUCGUCCUGCAUUCAGGGUGAGCUUGAUGAGUUUGAGUGGCAGCCUACCCUAGUGUCACCCAUGGGCAUUGUCAAAGUCGAUUUGCCUGACAACUACGCGCUUCGGAAAGCUACUCUCCACAGAUUCCUUGCACGGGCUAAGACAUGGGUAACUGCGGUCUUGAAUAUUGCUCCACUGGAUGUCAAGGGGCUAUUGCAGACAUACCUCUCUGAAUACGACGACGAUGGCAGCUACGGGCACAUUGCAUUGGGCCGUUCAUUUGCUUUGGAGAUGGGUUCAUUGAUUCCGCUAAGCGACCCCAGACUUGGGUCUAUCGAUAUACAUGAGAGCGAGGCCAAUAUUGCGUCCGAUUUCAUGGCACUUUAUACCGCACGUCAGAAGUAUCGCCGGCCAGAUGAUUCCUCACUUGACCAUCAAACUGGUCAGCUUUCUGUAAUCAGUGGUUUGUCAUCCAACUCUGACCUCCGAUCACGAAUCAUGCUAACUUGCGACUUUUUCCUUGUUUUGAAGGUGAUCGCGAAUUCACCAGCGAAUCGGCUGUUAAUCUGGAGUAUUCCCUUGCUCGAAUAUACGGCUGCCCGUAUAAUUUGCAGUAGCAUCAGUCCUCGACUGUCUAUUGUCCACUACCUAGUCGCAUUACCCUUUCAGAUGUUCAGCAAGGAAACGAUGAAGCUGGGAGUAUCCCUGUGGCUUGGGGUGAUUCAUGAAAAUCCCAGCGUCGAGCCUCGAAUCCUAGCUCACGUAGUUGAGGCAUGGGAUAAAAGCAUUCAGCGACGACAGGGCUUGUUCGAUCCGACUUUCGAGUAUCUGGACCCACUUCAGACAAAGAUUGAGCUGCUGCCAUCCGACAAAGCAGCCAUGCUGAGAAAACAGCAAAUCGCGCAAGACACCCUCUCGCCACAUCUACGCGUGCUCCAGUUCUUCGAGAGUCAUUUCAGCGCUGUCCGAUUGGGCAAUCUUCAGGACCAUCAACUGUUCUGUCGUAUGAUUAGCAACACUCUCGUUGCUCUGACUAAGACAACGGGUCAUCCUCUUGCUCGAGAAAUUCAUUUCCGCCUUGUCCUGUUCGGCUUGCGCAUCUUGCAAAACAUGACUCCGCGGAACAGCACAGCUUCCUGGAAGUUGAAAGACCAGAUCUUGUCCGCUGCGUUGAGUUGGUUCAAGCACGCACCAAGAUGGUCAUUUGGCGGCAAUCGUUUGCAGAUCAAAGCUGAGGACAAGGUCCUCGGAGAUGUUGUCUCUGCUCUGCGAACUACCGCGGACAUUGCCACCCAUGCACAAGGACCUCACAAGCCAUUGCAGCCUAAGCAAGAUCUUACACAGUUGUUGAUCGAGAACGAGCGCAUGCGUCUUCGAGUGUGGUUGUUCCCGUUGGAGCCCGAGCGAAAGCAUCACAUUCCUUCCAUUGGUGGAAAGAGUUCGUCCUCCGACGCCAUCGCAGCCUACCUACGUCUUGCGUGGGCUGAGAAUCCUGGCCUCGCGAUUCAGCUCGCGGCGCGAUUCCCAUCAAUUAAGAUCCAGUCGGAAAUCCGGGCCUUAAUCCUAAACGCCCCCGAGAAAGCACUCGUAUUUGCUUUACUGGGCACCCGUCAACCCAACCGAAGCUUUGACCUAUUUCCUUCCGGCCUAUGGAAAUCACCCAUUCAUUCUCCACUUGUCCAGGCCCUCAGAUACGACGCCCUAGGCUACGUGGAGCGCUAUACCCUUGAGACAGCGAAGCAAUCUCAGCUUUUCGCUCACCAAGUAAUUUGGAACAUGAAGGCAAAUUCAUACAAGGAUGAAGAUUCGCAAGUGCCCGACCCAAUUAAGCCAACUCUGGACCGCUUCCUCGACUCUUUGGUUGGCAGCUUCACGGCAGAAGAGCGCGAUUUCUACGAUAGGGAAUUCUCGUUCUUCAACGAGGUCACCGACGUGUCCGGUAAACUACGCCCGUACAUCAAGCGGAGCAAACCUGAGAAAAAGGAGAAGAUCGAAGAAGAACUACGGAAGAUCAAGGUCGAGGUUGGUGUUUACUUACCGAGCAAUCCUGACGGCGUGGUUGUUGGUAUCGACCGAAAAUCCGGCAAGCCCUUGCAAAGUCACGCCAAAGCUCCUUAUAUGGCGACUUUCCGGAUUCAGAAAACUCGCCCUCGCCUGGCAGGUAAAUGUGAUACGGCUACGGCUGGCGCCAAUGGCGGCGAUGACCGUCAGCUCGCAAGCCGUUCAGGUGAGCCCGACCUCGAGACUUACGAAGUGUGGCAAUCGGCAAUUUUCAAGGUCGGCGAUGAUUGUCGACAAGACAUGCUUGCCCUGCAGAUGAUUGCAGCGUUCCGCAGCAUCUUCUCCAAUGUCGGGUUGGAUGUAUGGGUGUUCCCUUACCGGGUCACGUCUACCGCUCCAGGCUGUGGUGUGAUUGACGUCUUGCCCAACUCCAUAUCCCGAGACAUGCUUGGUCGAGAAGCCGUGAAUGGUCUCUAUGAUUACUUCGUCACCAAAUAUGGAGGUGAAGACUCGAUCCGAUUCCAGGAAGCCCGUACCAACUUUGUCAAGAGUAUGGCUGCGUACUCUGUGAUCUCAUACCUGCUUCAAUUUAAGGAUCGACACAACGGCAAUAUCAUGAUCGACGAUGCGGGUCACAUCAUCCACAUUGACUUCGGAUUCUGCUUCGACAUUGCGCCCGGUGGUGUGCGGUUCGAGCGUGCGCCUUUCAAACUGACUUCGGAGAUGGUGGCGGUUAUGAGUGGAACGCACAAUCCAGCGCACCAUGCUGGUGGAGGUGGAAUCAGUCUCCCUGGCAGCAACUCACACAACCCAACAACCACCCAGCCGUACCGGUGGUUUGAGUCCCUCGUGGUGAAGGCAUUCCUGGCAUCUCGCCCCUACUGCACCAAGCUCGCGCACAUCGUGACACUGAUGCUGGACAGCGGACUUCCGUGCUUCAAGCCCGAAACUCUGAAGAAUUUCCGCGAUCGAUUCGUUCUGGAAAAGAGCGAACGUGAUGCCGCCGAAUAUAUGCGUGAGUUGACUCGCAAGUCAUACAUGAGUGUUUCAACCAAGGGAUAUGACCAGUUCCAGCUCAUGACCAACGGUAUCCCGUACUAA